CUCUCAUCAUAUUAUCUUGAAGUGCAGUGUAAAUGAUAUUCAUUGUGAUAUAAAUGCUAAGGAGAGCAAUAUUUGUUAUAUUUAUCAGUUGGAGAUGGAAGAAAAUUAGGGACUGUGGAAGAGGAGAGAGAAAGUUGUAUUUAAUAGAAAGUGGGAAGAGGGAGUUAGUUGUGUGCUGGUCACAGGCGAGGGAGGACGUCGCCCGCUCUGUCUGCCUGUCUGAGGACCACUCAACAUACUCAUCUACCUAAAGAAUCAUUGCAGCCUGCUGACCAGCUAAUGCAAAAUUGCACGCAAACUUAACUCCUCAAAACCAGUGCUUAUAGAAACCCCUGAAGCCUAGGACGGGGGUUAUAGAGCUGGCUUGUGUAAAGUUCAAAUUUCUCUCAAAUUUUACUUGGUUUACAACCAACAAUUUCUGGCGAAGGAGACUAUACCGGAGGUGCAGUGUGCCGGCGGCACAGCAGGCGAGGCCUCACAGAGGUCCCCCGGGCGUCAGCAGUGUGAAAAUAUAUAUAGUGGGUCCGGGGCCAAGCUCCGCUCCAACAUGGCGACCAGACUUCCCAACGUCUCCUUAUUAAAGGUCUUCAUGAUUGUUAUUUCCAUCCCUAUCACAGUGGUGUCGCUGUACGUGGUGGGCACCCACCUGAUGAAGGAGAGCCGAGAGUUCAAGGUGACGGAAGAGGUGUACUUCGAGGUAAGUCAGGACGGGCGGCGCCUCGGAGAGAUGGUCUUCGGCCUCUUCGGCGAGGUGGUCCCGCGCACCGUCGCCAACUUCGUCGCCUUCGCCACCAAGGGCUACAAGGGCUACUCCUACAGGGGUUCCGUCUUCCACAGGGUCAUCAAGAACUUCAUGGUGCAAGGAGGGGACGUGGUGAGUGGAGACGGCAAGGGGAGCAUCUCUAUAUACGGCACAACCUUCCCAGAUGAGAACUUCAUCGUCAAACACGGUGCUCCGGGCUUCCUCAGCAUGUCCAACAAGGGGAAGGAUUCGAACGGGUGCCAGUUCUUCAUCACUACGAUAUCCACACCUUGGCUCAAUACUCAACACGUCGUCUUCGGCAAGGUAUACCCCGAGUAUACUCAUACCCUGGUAUACCCCGAGUAUACUCAUACCCUGGUAUGCCCCGAGUAUACUCAUACCCUGGUAUACCCCGAGUAUACUCAUACCCUGGUAUACCCCGAGUAUACUCAUACCCUGGUAUACCCCGAGUAUACUCAUACCCUGGUAUACCCCAAGUUUACUCAUACCCCGAGUAUACUUAUACUCUGGUAUAUCCCGUGUAUACUCAUACCCCUGGUAUACACCGAGUAUACUCAUACCCUGGUAUACCCCGAGUAUACUCAUACCCUGAUAUACCCCGAGUAUACUCAUACCCUGGUAUACCCCGAGUAUACUCAUACCCUGGUAUACUCCGAGUAUACUCAUACCCUGGUAUACCCCGAGUAUACUCAUACCCUGGUAUACCCCGAGUAUACUCAUACCCUGGUAUACCCCGAGUAUACUCAUACCCUGGUAUACCCCGAGUAUACUUAUACCCUGGUAUACCCCGAGUAUACUCAUACACUCUAGAACCCCCAAAACACUCCUGCCCGCUUCAGUAUACCCCCAUAUAUACUAGUAUAUCCCUCGAGUUCUCCACGUAAUCUAAUAUACCUCAGCAUACUAUCAUUCACCGGCAGUAUACCUUGAGUAUAUUUACAUAUUGAGAGUAAUGACAGUCCUCUUAUGUUGUCGACUCACAUUCCCGAGUUCGAUUCCCGAGCGGAACGUAAAUGGUUAGGCACAUGUCCUUUCACCUCAUGCUUCUGUUCACCUAGCAGUCAGUAGGUACCCGGGAGUUAGGCAACUGUUGUGGGUUGCAUCCUGGGUGGAGGUGGGGGGGGCAGUGGUUCCACCUUGUAGGGGUAGAUCUCGAUAUAAAUAUAUAUCCAGGCUACCUGUCCCCGCAAGGAGGUACUUCGAGUAUAACUUAAGUGGUCACAUUGUUCCAUGUCCUCGCCCUUGAGCUGGUGGAGGGGGAGCCGGUGCUCGAGGAGGUCCAAUCAGUGGCCACGGAUUGGAACGAUCGGCCUCUGAGGGACGUUGUCAUCACCAAUUCUGGUCGUCGGGUCGUCAAGGAACCGUAUUUA